GCUGGCAAUACUGACCAUUCAGUUGAAAGAGCCAAAGGUGUCUGUCGUGUACGAUCUUCUGAAUCUGAUAUGGAAGAUGUAUCACUUCAACGUAAAAUCCAAACGAGAGCUCGGUGUGGAUAUUUGCACAUCGUCUAGCGCCAAGGGAACUCGCUGGAUCCCCAAUGUCCACAGAGCCCUCAAAGUGUUCCUGCGGCAAGGACAAGACAAGGACCGUGCCACUGACGAAGGCCAGCAUUCCGUUGUUCUGCAGCACAUGGAGCACCUGGCCGUAGCAUCAGCAACAGCAGAAGUUCAAGGGCGGGCAAAGAAGCUGAAGCUGCACAUUGGGUCGGCCAUCAACAUCGGCAUGGAUGAUCUCAAAGCCAGGUUUCGUGGUUUGCUGAAGGAUGAGGGAGUCCAGACCCCAGUGGAGUCUUUCAGAGUGCUAAACCCUGACACAUGGCCAGAAGACCAGGUCAGCCUUCUCACCUUUGGCGAUGAUGGUGUGGCAGACCUGAUGAGGCAUUUCAAGGAGCCUCUAGAGAUAUCGGGGUGCAACAUGGCUGCAAUCCAGGAUGAGUGGCAGGGGCUGGAAAUCCCGGUGAGCCACAAUUUCAAGGACAAGUCCUACAGUGGCCUGUGGGAGACCAUGUUGACAAAGGACCCCUACAGGCACGAUUACAAGAACAUACUGGAGUUGGUGCAGCUUAUGCUGGUGCUGCCCAUUUCAGCCGCCCAGUGUGAGCGAGGCUUCUCUGUGCAGAACCGGAUUAAGAAUUCGUCAAGAAGACCUGAUGGGGAUCAGCCUGGAGGGGCCUUCUGUCGAGGAGUUGGAUCCCACUCCUGCCGUGGACCGCUGGCUGACCUCAAAGCGUGCCAGAUGGCCAACAUGCAACAGCAGCUGGACAACUGAUAUCCUUUGCAUCUAGUAGGCAUGGGUCAAUAUGUGAUUUUGGUGGUAUGUGCUGUUGCACAGAUGUGUGUCCCUUAGUACACGCACACACACGCAGUAUAAAUAUGCAUGUAAUCAAUUUUUGUUAAUAAACUUGAACGUUUUUCACUGUGCUCCUAAAUUUCUUUGUGUACUCCUAAAUUUUUUCAUUUAGGAGCACAUGUACUCCUUGGGAAAAAAGUUCGC